AAUCUUUUUGCUUAUAAACACUCUUUUUAAAUAUUUUCAUAUUUUAAAUAAAAAUAAUUUCCAUUCGGAAAUUUAAUAUUUUGAUUACAUUUUAAAUAAUUUAAGACAUGGAAAAAUUCGUUAAAAGACAAUCAUGGCGCAGUAAAGAAAAUGAAAAAAUUCAAAAAUUGGAAAAUUUUAUGAAAAUUCCUCAUGAAAUUAUGUUAAUUAUUAUGAAUUUUCUUGAUGGUAUUUCAUUAUUAAAUUUAUCAAUGGUAAAUAAAAAGUUGAGAUAUCAUACACAGGAUAAUUUACUUUGGUUAGAAGUUUGUUUACGAGAGUAUCCUGUAAAUAUGAUGAAUAUUGUUAAAGAUAAAAGGAGAACUCCCCUUAUACAUAAUUAUAAAUGGUUAGAUAUUUGGAAAGAAUUUGAUCGGAAAAAUUAUACAUAUGUUUUUACUGAGAAAGAAAAUUUUGCUAUUCCACAUCGUUGGUACGAAUCAACCAGCGAUAAAAAUCAUCCAAAAACAAUAAAGACAAAUUAUAAGUUCUUUGAGUUGUUUGCAGUUUUUGUAUCAAUUUAUCCAGGAACCUAUGAAUUAAUUUGGGAAAUGAAAAUUGGUAAAAUUCACGAAGGUUGUAAUUUUAAAUUUAAUACUAAAAUAGUAGAUCAUAAUUGGAAUAAAAUUCUAAAAACAUAUUCAUAUAAACCAAAACCUGAAGAAUUUAAAGGAAUGUCAAAUAAAGGAUGGUGUAAUUUUAAGGUACCAAAUAAAAUUGUAAUAGAACAUGAACAACAUGUUAAAACUGAAUUUAGAAGAUAUACUACACUCGAAGAAAAUGAAGGUUCUUUAUGGUUUGAAUCAUUAGAAUUAUAUUGCGUACAUUUACAAAGAUGUACAAAUGACGGCUUAGAUUCUUCAAAAAAUAAUCAAACAUUGUCAAAAAGUAUUAAAAGAUUAACUAAAAUAUUUAGUUAUUAAAAAAAUUUAUAGAGUAUUUACAUUAAUUAUAGAGUAUAUUGUAAUUUAAUUUUAUUUAACAUGUA